GAGAGAAGAAGAAGAGGGAAGGAAGUCGAUGUUUAGGUAUGACAUUAGAACUCUCUCCCAGGAGCCGAAAGUCGUUCAUCUCGUAGAUCGGUGUGGUAUUACGUACAUUUGACGUUUUGCAGCCAAACUUUUUUCACAUUGUUCUGGUGGAACACUCCCCUAACGGUACCGGAAAUCGCAGAAAUGUCCGCAUUCCAUGUUAAAGUUAAAUGGGGAAAGGAGAUGUAUCCAGAUAUUGAGCUUGAUACUGGAGAGCCUCCAAUGGUGUUUAAGGCUCAGUUGUUUGCCUUGACUGGCGUACAACCUCACCGCCAGAAGAUCAUGCUUAGGGGUGCUACUAUCAAAGAUGAUACGUGGGACGGUAUUAAAAUGAAAGAUGGUGUGACAAUUCUGAUGAUGGGCAGCAAGGAAGAAGAUGUUCCAGUUGAACCUACAGAAAAGACAUCAUUUAUUGAAGAUAUGACAGAAGCAGAAAGGAAUACUUUGCUGGAACUGCCUGUUGGUAUUAAGAAUUUAGGUAAUACUUGUUAUCUAAAUGCUGUUGUUCAGUGUUUGAAGACUGUGCCAGAGUUACACACUGCUAUCAGAGACUAUAAACCCAAACAGCCAGAAUCAUCAUCCCUUUUGACGUUAGCUGUUGACUCGGCAUCACUAAUCACCUUGGCUGUUCAAGAUUGCUACAAAACUAUGAAUUCUGGCAAGACGGCUGUUCCCCUUGUUUUGGUCAAUCUCUUCCGCACUACUUUUCCUAGAUUUGCUGAACAGGGAGAACAAGGGAUGUUCAUGCAGCAGGAUGCCUCUGAAUGCUGGACUGAAUUGAUGCGGCUGCUAAUGCAAGAAGUCCCUGCAAAGGAGUCUGACAAGACAGCAGCAAACUUUAGGUCUUCUCUUCUUGAUCAGUAUUUCACAGGAGAAUUUUCUUGUGAGUGGAAGUGUGUCGAAAGUGAAGAGGAAGAAGUUACUAAGACAACGGACAAUUUCCAACAAUUACUUUGCCAUAUUAGUCAAGAUGUUAAAUAUUUACAUACUGGGCUGGUAGCUAGAAUGCAGGAACAAAUCACAAAGAAGUCAGCGACUUUAGACCGUGAUGCUGUAUAUACCAAAAAGUCCAAAAUAUCAAGAUUACCAGCUUAUUUAUCUGUUGAAAUGGUUAGAUUUUUUUACAAGGAAAAAGAAGCCGUAAAUGCAAAAAUACUGAAAGAUGUAAAGUUUCCUAUGGUGCUGGAUGUAUUUGAGCUAUGUACAGAAGAUUUACAGAAGAGGCUGUUACCUAAUAGAGAAAAGUAUAAGGAUAUGGAAGAGCGAGAAAUAGAGGAGGAGCGUGCCAUGAAAAGAGGAAAACCUGGUGCUGUGAUAAGUAAACCAAAAACACGAUCAUUGCCAUUUUCCUUUGAAGACGAUUUGGGUAGUAACAACAGUGGAUUUUACCAGCUCCAAGCUGUGUUGACACAUCAAGGUAGAUCAUCAUCUUCAGGUCAUUAUGUCAGCUGGAUACGGUGGAAGGGCAAAGAAUGGCUGAAGUGUGAUGACGACGAAGUUACUCCUGUUACUGAAGAAGAAAUUUUGAAGCUCUCUGGGGGAGGUGAUUGGCAUUGUGCUUACAUCUUACUUUAUGGACCACGUAUACUUGAAGUUGUUGAGGAGGAAGAGGAGAAAGCUGGAGAAGAAGCCAAAAUGGAAACAAAUUAAGCUCUAGGCUACAUAAACAAAAAAUGAAAUUUUAGUGUAGGUGGAAUCCUACAUGACUUUUUUCAUAUGUAUGUAGUAAUGAAGUGAUGUCAGCAUUUCAUACAUCUGGAGAUGUUUAGCUUAAGUAUAUCUAAACGAAUCCUAUUUUUUCAGUUGCUAAUAUUGUUUGUGUAUAGUAAUUUCAUUUAUUUGGAAAACAUUUUGUAUUGACCUCAAAGGAGAAUUGCCUUUCUAAUUCAUCGUUUCUCCUUUAAGGGAAAGUGAAUGGAAUAAAACUUAUUUGGCAGUUA